AUGGCAAAGAAAGUUAAAAUGAAUACCGCAAUGCGGAAGGAGGCUCGUAAGAGAGAGGACGAUUACUUGAAAAACCUUGAAACUAAGAUUCAAGAAUAUGAUCCAAAGACUGCCAACUCGAAGUUUUUCAAGGACUUACCAAUUAGUUCACACACACUAAAGGGUUUGAGUGAAGCAGCCUUUGUCAAAUUAACCGAUAUUCAAAGGGAAUCCAUCCCAGUUUCAUUGAAGGGUUACGACGUCCUAGGUGCUGCCAAAACUGGUUCUGGUAAGACUCUUGCCUUCUUAAUACCAAUUUUGGAAAAGCUUUACCGUGAGAGAUGGACCGAAUAUGAUGGUUUAGGAGCUCUGGUGAUAUCUCCCACAAGAGAGCUAGCAAUGCAAAUAUACGAAGUAUUAACAAAAAUUGGAACACACACAUCAUUAUCUGCAGGGUUAGUCAUUGGUGGGAAAGAUGUUAAGUUUGAAUUAGAAAGAAUAUCAAGAAUAAAUAUUCUUAUUGGUACCCCAGGUAGAAUUUUGCAACAUUUAGAUCAAGCAGUAGGUUUAAAUACAACCAAUCUGCAAAUGUUAGUUUUGGAUGAAGCUGAUAGAUGCCUAGAUAUGGGGUUUAAAAAGACUCUAGAUGCUAUUAUCGGUAACCUACCGCCAUCUAGACAAACCUUGUUAUUUUCGGCCACACAAUCGAAUUCCCUAUCUGAUUUGGCCAGAUUAUCUUUGACAAACUAUAAGAGCGUAGGGACCAAAGAUAUCAAUAACAAGGAUGAUAAUGAACCUGCUACUCCAAAGACUUUACAACAAUCCUAUAUUAUUUCUGAGUUAGCUGAUAAACUUGAUGUCCUAUUUAGUUUCAUCAAGUCACAUUUAAAAGCAAAGAUUAUUGUAUUUAUGUCAAGUUCCAAGCAAGUUCAUUUUGCCUACGAGACGUUUAGAAAGAUGCAACCUGGUAUCUCUUUAUUACAUUUACACGGGAGACAAAAGCAAAAAGCUAGAACAGAAACUUUAGACAAAUUUAGCAGAGCACAACAGGUUUGUCUGUUUGCUACGGAUGUUGUUGCUAGAGGUAUUGAUUUCCCAGCCGUCGAUUGGGUUCUACAACUUGAUUGUCCAGAGGAUGUUGACACAUAUAUUCAUAGAGUUGGACGUUCUGCCCGGUAUGGUAAGAAGGGGAGAUCUUUAAUAAUAUUAACACCACAAGAAGAAGUAUUUUUACAAAGAUUGAAAGCUAAGAAAAUUGAACCAGAGAAACUAACAAUUAAGCAAUCGAAAAAGAAAUCAAUAAAACCACAAUUACAGUCAUUACUAUUUAAGGACCCAGAAUUAAAAUACUUAGCUCAAAAGGCAUUUAUUUCUUAUGUUAAAUCUAUUUACAUUCAAAAGGAUAAAGAAGUGUUCAAAUUCGAAACUUUGCCAACAGAUGAUUUUGCUAUUUCUUUAGGUCUUCCUGGUGCUCCAAAUAUCAAGUUUAAGGGUACCAAGUCAUUUGAGAGAGCUAAAGAAUUGAAAAACUCCUCCAGAAAGUUAAAGGCUUUAUCCAAGGCUGACGAUGACGGGGAAAUUAGAGACAAAACCAAGGAGGUAAAGACAAAGUACGACAAGAUGUUUGGAAGAAAAAAUCAAACUGUUCUGAGUGAACAUUAUAUGAAUGUCACUGGCGUCCAAGGUGCUGAGAAUGACGAAGAUGAAGAUAACUUUAUGACAAUUAAAAGAAAAGAUCAUAUUCUUAAUGAAAAUGAGCUACCGGAAUUAUCUCUCCCAUCAUCAAACAGAGCUCAGAAAAAGGCGCUAUCCAAGAAGGCCUCUCUUUCAACUAAAGGUAAUGCCAGUAAGACGAUAUUCGACGAUGAUGGUGUUGCACAUCCUGUGUACGAACUAGAAGGGGAAGAAGACUUUGUCAAGAAGGGUGAUGCCAAGACACAAAAGGAUGAAUAUUUGAAAAAGGAAUCUGAAGUUAUGGCUACUGCUGAUUCUACAGAUAAACAAGUUGCAAAGGUAAAAAAACAAGAGAAGAAGAGAAAGAGAUUAGAAGCUAUGAGAAGGGAGGAGAUGGAAGAAUACUCUGACAAUGAAGACAAUGCUGAAGCGCAAGUAUAUCUAGGAACUGGUAAUCUAAGUGAUGAUAUGGAGGAUGUUGAUUCAGAUGCAGAAGACCGUCAAGUUAAAAGGACUAGAUUCAAUAACUCCUCUGAUGGUGAAGAUGAGUCUGACGCUAACGAAUAUGGUGUUACAGAAAUCGAUGCUCCAGAGACAUUAGAAGACUUAGAAUCGUUAACAGCUAGAUUAAUCCAGUAG